ACCACUCUGUAGUCUCUACCGAUCACACACGACGCUACUUUCUACUCUGUCUCUCUCUCUCCAGUUCCAGCUAGCCUUCACUGCGCCGCGCAGCAGGCAGCCCACAGCCACCACCCACACAAUGGCACCAACCAUUAGGCGCAUUGCCGUCGCGGCGGCGUUCCUGGCGAUGGCGGCGGUUCCGGCAGCGCUGGCGCAGGCGCCGGCCCCCGCGGCGACCCCGAGCGGGCCGCCGAACGUGACGGCGAUCCUGGAGAAGGCCGGGCAGUACACGACGUUCAUCCGGCUGAUGAAGUCGACGCAGCAGGACACGCAGCUCAACAGCCAGCUCAACAACUCCUUCAACGGCAACGGCUACACCGUGUUCGCGCCCACCGACAACGCCUUCAACAACCUCAAGCCCGGCACGCUCAACUCCCUCACCCAGCAGCAGCAGGUCUCGCUCGUCCAGGGCCACGUCCUCCCCCAGUUCUACACCUUCGACUCCUUCGAGACCGCCAGCAACCCCGUCCGCACCCAGGCCUCGGGGCGCGACGGGCCCUACACGCUCAACAUCACCGCCAACACCAACAACCAGCUCAACGUCUCCACCGGCGUCGUCGACGUCACCGUCAACAACGCACUCAGCGCCGUCAAGCCGCUCGCCGUCUACUCCGUCGACAAGGUGCUCCUACCCUUCGAGCUGUUCGGGGCCAAGGCCCCUGCCGCAGCGCCCACCGCGUCGGAAGGGAAGCCCAAGAAGGGCGGCUCCUCCGCCGCUGCCUCCGGGCCGGCCGGCUCGGACGAUUCCGCGCCCACGGGCGCCGCCAGCGCGAGAGCCGUCGGCUGGAGCAUUGCUGGCCUCGCUGCCGUCCUUGGCUACCUGUUGUGAGACCGAGAUCCAUACGGACGAGUUGACGAUCGGCCAUGUCCAUGCAUGGAUUUGAUGGGUGGCUCCUCUGUCGGAGAUUGUUGGUGGCGGUGUUUUCUUCCCCUUCUUUCUUCCUACUAGUUUGUUCUUCGUACUCUUGCUCUUGGUGGUGUGUAAGAUUGGGUGAUGUCAUUGAAUUUAUGUGUUUGAGGCUGUUGAUAAUGCAUUGCUACUUUUGAGUCA